AUGAGCAUCGAGGAAAAAAGCUGCCCGGGAAGCGGGGGCCAGGCUCGCCGCAAGGACCUGAAGAACUGGAGACUCGGAGGUGGCAUCUCACCCCGUGUCCCGUCACAAGGAAAACAUCCAGCUGCCUCCAAGGUGGUGUCUGAAACCCUUUGGCCCUUCUCGGCACACAUUCAGCCUGUCUAUGGAGCACAGCAUCCUCCGCUGGAUCCCCGGCUCACCAAAAACUUCAUCAAGGACCGCUCCAAGGCCAACGCGCUGCCUAUGAAAAGCAAGAAGGCCUCCAGCUUUCACGAGUUUGCCCGCAACACCAGUGAUGCCUGGGACAUCGGUGAUGACGAAGAUGAGGACUUUUCUUCCUCCUCCUCUUCUUUGCAAACUCUGAACUCUAAAGUGGCCAAGGCCACGGCAGCCCAGGUUCUGGAGAACCACAGUAAGCUGCGGGCGAAACCCGAGCGAGCCCAGUCCGCUCUCAGCGACAUGCCCACCAACUGCAAGGUCAUCAAGUCCAGCAGCGAGGCCCAGCUCUCCAGGACAUCUGAGGAGGCCUGUGUGCGGACCACCCUUCAAAAGCAGCAGUCCCUUCCCCUUCGGCCCGUCAUUCCACUCGUCGCCCGAAUCUCUGACCAAAAUGCUUCGGGUGCUCCCCCCAUGACCGUGAGGGAGAAAACCCGCCUGGAGAAGUUUCGGCAGCUCCUUUCCAGCCACAACACGGACCUGGAUGAGCUGAGGAAAUGCAGCUGGCCUGGUGUGCCCAGAGAGGUCCGGCCCGUGACGUGGCGUCUCCUCUCAGGUUAUCUCCCCGCAAACAUGGAGCGGCGAAAGCUGACUUUGCAGCGUAAGCGGGAGGAGUACUUUGGCUUCAUCCAGCAGUAUUACGAUUCCCGGAAUGAGGAGCACCAUCAAGACACAUACCGACAGAUCCACAUUGACAUUCCGAGGACCAACCCACUCAUCCCCCUCUUCCAGCAGCCGCUUGUCCAGGAGAUCUUUGAAAGAAUCCUGUUUAUCUGGGCCAUCCGACACCCAGCCAGCGGCUAUGUACAGGGAAUCAAUGACCUGGUCACUCCGUUCUUUGUUGUGUUCCUCUCUGAGUAUGUUGAGGAGGACGUGGAGAACUUUGACGUGACGAACCUGUCGCAGGAUGUUUUACGGAGCAUCGAAGCCGACAGCUUCUGGUGCAUGAGCAAACUGCUGGACGGGAUACAGGAUAACUACACUUUUGCACAGCCGGGGAUCCAGAAGAAAGUCAAAGCCCUGGAGGAGCUAGUCAGCCGGAUCGAUGAACAGGUACAUAAUCACUUUAGGAGGUACGAGGUCGAAUACCUGCAGUUUGCCUUUCGCUGGAUGAACAAUCUGCUUAUGAGGGAGCUGCCUCUUCGCUGCACCAUCCGUCUCUGGGACACCUACCAGUCGGAGCCAGAAGGAUUCUCACAUUUCCACCUGUACGUCUGCGCCGCCUUCUUGAUCAAGUGGCGAAAGGAGAUCCUAGAUGAGGAAGACUUCCAAGGCCUUCUGAUGUUGUUACAAAACCUGCCCACGAUACACUGGGGUAACGAAGAAAUCGGACUCCUGCUCGCUGAAGCCUACAGACUCAAGUACAUGUUUGCAGACGCCCCCAAUCAUUACCGCCGAUAGGUGCCAGGACUCGACUCCCUCCUCUCCCCCGUGCCCACCUCCUCGUCCUGGCCCGAUCUGAUCACUGUGGCAUUUUUGUCGUCCCAAGUCCUCGGACACUCCGGCUGGGAGCUGCUCCUCGCUGUACAAAGCUCACAUCGACUCUUGUCUUAACUCUUUUAACGUGUGCCUGUCUGCCACUCCAUACGCCUGGAUGUGCCACUCCAACCACCGUCAGUAUUUCACGCCGCGCCGGUGGCUCGAGCCAGGGAGAGAGGC